ACACAAGCAAAAGAGUACGCGUACGCACCGAAAAUUGUGUUUUAUUUGUAGCAAAAAGUGCAUCGUUCUGUAGUUUGUCGAUUUUGCGGCAUAACACUGGCUUUUGGCCGUUGGUGAGCCAACAGUAAACUCUUUUUUUGUUAAACCGAGCGCCUUUUCAAUGUCAACGACACGCCGCCAGUUCGCAUUUAGUAGCCGUGUGUAGCGCAUCGUCGACCCCUGGGACCGGACCGUCAGCAUUUACAUCAUCGUCAUCAAUAACAAUAACGACACCGUCAUGGCCAGUGGUGCUUUUAAUCGUGUGCUUUCCAUCCAGAGCCACGUCGUGCAUGGGCAUGUGGGUAACAAGAGUGCCGUAUUUCCGCUGCAGGUGCUUGGGUUCGAAGUUGAUCAAAUCAAUUCGGUACAGUUUUCCAACCACACCGGCUACAAGAACGGGUUCAAGGGGCAGGUGCUAAACGAGAAGGAGCUGGCGGACGUGUAUGCCGGGCUUGUGGACAAUGAUUUGCACAAACUCUACACCCAUCUGCUCACUGGAUACGUGGGCAACUCGGCAUUCCUGCGCGAGAUCGCAUCCAUCCUGCGGUCGCUUCGCGGUGUGAACGAGAAAUUGAUUUACGUAUGCGACCCGGUAAUGGGAGACGAUGGCAUAAUGUACGUGCCGAAGGAAUUGCUGCCGAUCUAUCGCGAUGAAAUUGUCCCGCUUGCGGACAUCAUUACACCGAACCAGUACGAAGUGGAGCUACUCACCGGAAAGCAAAUCAAGACCGAGACGGACAUCUGGGACGCGGUGCAAUGGUUCCACGAGAAGGGUGUCCGAACGGUGGCCAUCUCGUCGUCGGAGCUGGGCUCAAAGGACACACUGCUGGCGUACGUGAGCAAUCGCACCGCCGCUGCCGGUACGGAAAAGUACCGACUGACCAUUCCAAAGCAGGGCAACAAUCUGAUCCGCUUCACCGGCACCGGAGAUCUGUUUGCGUCGCUCUUUUUAGCCCACUCGGCCCUGACCAACUAUGAUGUGGGCGCUACACUGGAGCGGGCCAUCGCAACGCUGCAGGCAGUGAUCGCGAAAACGCUCAGCUUCAUCCCGGAACCGGUGCUGCAGGGCAAGGUGCCGGUAACGUCUCAGCAGCGCGAGCUGAAGCUUAUCCAGAGUAAGGCCGACAUCGAACAGCCGAAAAUUACGCUCAAGUGUGAAAAGUUGUAAGCAACACUUAGAACACCUAGGCUCUGGACGAUGGUAACGGACGAAGGACGUAUUUUAUCCACUAUGUGACGAUUGUGACAAUAUUUUGUGUAUGUUGUGUUUGUGAAAAUGUGUACGCAUUCAAUGGUAAACGGCACUGGGAGUGUUUAAAUAUAGUAACUGUGAAACGAUA